GGUGUUUUGGUUUGUGGUGGUUUGUGGUUUUCAAUCGCAGCAGAGGAAAUGCUCGAGUUUAAUCAAGAAGGGGUUUAAUCCUUGCUGAGAGCUGGGAAAGCAGGAGUCUGAACGCAGCCUCUAGAGCAGGGCAGCAAAAGCUGCUCCGUGUUCUCUUCUGUUUGUGCCCACAGAGCCAGCACAUCACUCCUCUCCCCCUGUCCCUGGGGAUUGAUUCAGUGGUGCCCUGGGAGCUCAACUAGUCCUGACACAUCAUUGGACACGUUCCUAUACGGCUCUCCUGUCCAGCCAUGCUGCACUUUCUCUGGGACAGCAUCUCCUUCUCUACACUCCUCAUCUGCCUCGUUGUCUUCCUGUUUGUCGCUGACUACAUGAAGAACAGAAACCCAAAGAACUUCCCUCCCACCCCUUUACGCCUUCCCUUUGUAGGGCACCUUUACUUGAUGGUCUUCAAAGAUCCCAUAAGCUCAGUGCAGAAGGCUAAUGAAAUAUAUGGUGACAUCUUCGGCAUGUCCAUGGGCAGCAACAGGUUUGUGAUAGUAAAUGGGAUGCGACUGGUUAAGGAAGUCCUUGUAAACCAAGGCGAAGACUUCCUAGAGCGCCCAGAAAUGCCUACUGAAAUCUUCAGCAAGAUAGGACUGAUCAACUCCAGUGGGCACUUGUGGAAGGCACAGAGGAGGUUCACCUUGACCACCCUCCGAAACUUUGGCUUGGGGAAGAGGAGCGUGGAGGAACGCAUCCAGGAGGAAUGCCGAUUCCUCGUGGAUGCCAUUAAGGAUGAGCAGGGGAAUCCUUUUGACCCUCAGUUUACACUCACUAACGCUGUUUCAAACGUCAUCUGCUCCCUCACCCUCGGCAAUCGGUUUGACUACCACGAUAAGGACUUCCGAAACUUGCUGAAGCUUCUCCAUGAGAUGAUUAUCCUCCAAGGAGACAUCACAGCCCAGGUACAGCCCUGUACAACUCUUUUCCCAUCUAUAAUGAAGUUCCUCCCUGGAGCACACCAAACCAUUUUCAAAAACUCAAAGUUCUUGAAAAGCUAUAUGGAAGAGCAGAUCAACAAACACAAGGAGGAUUGGAAUCCCUCAGAGAGCCGGGACUACAUCGACAGCUACCUGCAGGAGAUAGCCAAGGACAAGGGCAGUGACACCUUCCGGGAGGAACAUCUUAUCAUGUGCUUGCUUGACCUGAUGUUUGCUGGAACAGAGACCACUUCCUCAACCCUCCGCUGGGCUCUGCUGUUCAUGGCCUUACAUCCAGAAAUUCAAGCCCGCGUGCAAGCUGAGAUCGACGCCGUCAUCGGACAGGCACGGCAGCCAGUGCUGGAGGACAGGAACAACAUGCCCUACACCAACGCCGUCAUCCAUGAGGUGCAGAGGAAAGCCAACAUCGUCCCUUUCAAUGUGCCAAGAAUGGCAGUAAAGGACACAACUCUGGAUGGCUUCUUCAUCCCAAAGGGCACUAUUGUGAUGACAAAUAUAACCUCUGUGAUGUUUGACAAGAACGAGUGGGAAACCCCCGACACUUUUAACCCCGGGCAUUUCCUGAAGGAUGGGAAGUUCUGGAAAAGGGAAUAUUUUCUAGCAUUUUCUGUGGGGAAGCGCGCCUGCCUGGGCGAGGUGCUGGCCCGCUCCGAGCUCUUCCUCUUCUUCACGUCUCUGCUCCAGAAAUUCACCUUCCAGGCACCCCCGGACACCACGCUCAGCCUCCAGCCCAUGGCAGGCACGACAAUUGACCCAGAACCCUACAAGAUCUGCGCUGUGCCUCGGUAGGGAAGCCUUGGCUACCAUCCUCACAGGGAAAAUCCUUUGUCAGGAACGCUGAAAACAAGCCCUCAACAGCUCGUCUGUGCUAAUCAAAUAAAAACCAGAAAAGCUGCAAAAAAAUAAUCCUUCUGUUGCUUGGGAGCCCUUUAUCCAAAGCCCAAGAGAAGCAGAAGCAGCACAGAGUGUUGGAAGGGUCGUGCCUGUGGCGCUCACCACUGGCUGUCAGGAAGGAAGUGGCUUUGUGGUGAGAAGUCACCAGUUCAACACUUCCCCUCUCUUUGUGCCCAAGAUUUGGGGCCCUGCAUGAUGGGCAUGGACACAGCGUGGGGCCGAGGAACUGGGUUGGGACGUGGCCCCCUCGGUGACGGACACGCUGCUCCUGCCUGUCCCAGCUCCCUUUGGAGAAGAGUUCAUUAAACAUGCAACUUACUGGAAAGAGCUUUUCCAUUUACAUGGCCAAAUAUUUAUGCUUAGAAAGGCUGUCUCCUGGCUGCUUCUGUCUGCAGUGGAGUCCCAGCAAAGAUGGUUCUUUUUUCUCUUUUCUUGGCUUCUCACCUUUCAUAAAAGACUUUUCAAUGGGCACGCACGUAGGACACAGAAGAGUUAA